CUUGGUCCUCCUGCUCCUCUGUGCCUAAGAGAGCUGACCACCGAAAGGAGGAGACUUGAGGAAGAGGAGGCGAAGAAAGCGGCCCAGAGGCACCAUGUUCCGCAAGAAAAAGAAGAAACGUCCUGAGAUCUCAGCCCCACAGAACUUCCAACACCGUGUCCACACGUCCUUUGACCCCAAAGAGGGCAAGUUCGUGGGCCUCCCGCCACAAUGGCAGAACAUCCUGGACACACUGCGACGGCCCAAGCCCGUGGUGGACCCUUCACGUAUCACUCGGGUGCAGCUUCAGCCCAUGAAGACAGUGGUGCGGGGCAGCUCCGUGCCCAUGGAUGGCUAUAUCUCAGGGCUGCUCAAUGACAUCCAGAAGUUGUCAGUCACCAGCUCCAACACCCUGCGUGGCCGCAGCCCCACCAGUCGGCGGCGGGCACAGUCCCUGGGGCUGCUAGGGGAUGAGCUCUGGGCCACUGACCCAGACAUGUACCUCCAGAGCCCCCAGUCUGAGCGCACUGACCCCCACGGUCUCUACCUCAGUUGCAAUGGGGGCACACCAGCAGGUCACAGGCAGAUGCCGUGGCCCGAGCCACAGAGCCCACGGGUCCUGCCCAAUGGGCUGGCCACCAAGGCACAGUCCCUGGGGCCUGCUGAGUUCCAAGGUGCCUCGCAGCGCUGCCUGCAGCUGGGUGCCUGCCUGCAGAGUUCCCCACCUGGCUCCUCACCCCCCACGGCCACAGGGCGGCGUGGGGUAAAGGCUGCUAAGCACGGCUCCGAGGAGGCCCGGCCACAGUCCUGCCUGGUGGGCUCAGCCUCAGGCAGGCCAGGUGGGGAAGGUAGCCCAAGCCCUAAGACCCAGGAGAACAGCCUCAAGCGCAGGCUCUUCCGAAGCAUGUUCCUGUCCACUCCCGCCACGGCUCCUCCAAGCAGCAGCAAGCCGGGCCCUGUGCCACAGAGCAAGCCCAGCUCGGCUUUCCGACCACCACAGAAGGACUCUCCGCCCAGCCUGGUGGCCAAGGCCCAGUCCUUGCCCUCAGACCAGCCCCCGGGGACCUUCAGUCCUCUGACUGCCUCGGACACCAGCAGCCCCCCAAAGUCCUUCCGCACAGCCCCAGCUGCUGGCCCGCUUCCGGGCCGGUCUUCCCCAGCAGGCUCCCCCCGUACCCGGCAUGCCCAGAUCAGCACCAGCAACCUGUACCUGCCCCAGGAUCCCGCAGUGGCCAAGGGUGCCCUGGCUGGUGAGGACACGGGCAUUGUGACACACGAGCAGUUCAAGGCUGCACUCAGGAUGGUGGUGGACCAGGGUGACCCCCGGCUACUGCUGGACAGCUAUGUGAAGAUCGGAGAGGGCUCCACGGGCAUCGUGUGCCUGGCCCGGGAGAAGCACUCGGGCCGCCAGGUGGCCGUCAAGAUGAUGGACCUCAGGAAGCAGCAGCGCAGGGAGCUGCUCUUUAAUGAGGUGGUGAUCAUGCGGGACUACCAGCACCUCAAUGUGGUGGAGAUGUACAAGAGUUACCUGGUGGGCGAGGAGCUGUGGGUGCUGAUGGAGUUUCUGCAGGGCGGGGCCCUCACAGACAUCAUCUCCCAAGUCAGGCUGAAUGAGGAGCAGAUCGCCACUGUGUGCGAGGCUGUGCUGCAGGCCCUGGCUUACCUGCACGGCCAGGGUGUCAUCCACCGGGACAUCAAGAGUGACUCCAUCCUGCUGACCCUGGAUGGGAGGGUGAAGCUCUCGGACUUUGGAUUCUGUGCUCAGAUCAGCAAAGAUGUGCCCAAAAGGAAGUCGCUGGUGGGAACCCCCUACUGGAUGGCUCCUGAAGUGAUCUCCAGGUCUCUGUAUGCCACCGAGGUGGACAUCUGGUCUCUGGGCAUCAUGGUGAUUGAGAUGGUGGAUGGGGAGCCCCCCUACUUCAGUGACUCUCCCGUGCAAGCCAUGAAGAGGCUCCGGGACAGCCCCCCACCCAAGCUGAAAAACUCUCACAAGGUCUCUCCAGUGCUGCGAGACUUCCUGGAACGGAUGCUGGUGCGGGAGCCCCAGGAGAGAGCCACGGCCCAGGAGCUCCUGGAUCACCCCUUCCUGCUGCAGAUGGGGCUGCCCGAGUGCCUGGUGCCCCUGAUUCAGCUGUACCGCAAGCAGACCUCCACCUGCUGAGCCCACCCUCAAAGUGCGCCUGCCACCUGUGCCCACAGGCAGGGGACACUGGGUAGCCAGCCCGCUGGCAGGGCCUGCCUGCCUCAUUCUCUCAGUAUUCUCUCCAAAGAUUGAAUGUGAAGUCCCAGCCCGCCCCUCCCGCCCCUCUGCCCAUUGGGCCAGGCUGGACCUGCCCCCUUGGCCUCUCUCCCUCCGCGGAGUCCCUACUUCCUUUGGGAUGAUCGAGACCCCUUCUGCAGGAUGACCCCUUGUUAUUUGCACAGGGAUAUUUCUAAGAAACCUGGAGACCAGCGCUCCUGGCCUCUGUGGCCAGCACAGCAGAACAGGCUGCUGUGGAAUUUUUAAAGGUAGUAGUAGUACACUAGCGUCCUGGGCCUUCCCGGAGGGCCAGCCGCCCAUCUCCACAUGAACACUUGCUGUUCUCAGCUCCAUCCUUAAACCUUGGCAUCUCAGAGGGCCCCGGGAAGGCUUCUGUUACCCGAAUCCUCUUUCCUCCCUCGGCCUGACUUCCUGCAGACAUUCCCCUUCCUCCACACCUGCUCCUGUCCCCUUGAACUACCCGCCCUCCCACACACAGCGGUGGGUGGCCUGCUCUUUGGCUGUGGGAGAGGCGGUGGGGGGGGGGCGUUUUCUGAGUGAAAGAAGGGGAUUAGUGGUAAAAGUGGCCUCACUUUACGGUAUGGAGUGCACAUGAGUAAGGGGAGGAAGGUCACCCCAAUGGGCUGGGUCCCUUUGGUUACCCAUAGCCAAAUCCAGAGGGGCUGCCCCAUCCUCUCGCCCACCCAAGUCCACUCUGAAGGACCUGCUUUUUCGGCCUGGCUCCUCACCACUCAAGCCCCAUGUUUCUCCCUAACCAGCAAAGGAGUCUGUGUGGAGUCUGACACUUGUUGGGUACUCAUGAGGCUUCUGAGGUUCUCCCAUACUGUGCAGUCUGAGAGCCAGAGACAGGAGACAAGGGAAUAAACUUUGCUUCACCUGUCACCUUCAUCUUUUAACCAGGUCAUCAGAGGCCUGUCCUUCUCUUCAGAGUCCCUGGCUGGGGCAGAAGGCCACCGCCUGGGGUUCCAUCACACUAAAGGAGUGGAUCCCAUUUGUGCCAACCUGCUGUCCCAGCUGCCUCUGCAGACACCUGCCACCUUGUCCUCCCUCCCUGCCUUACAGGCUGUUGUGGGACAGGGAAAGCCAGGGAAGUAACAGGUGUCUGGAUCCAAUCCAGAUCAUAUUUUUAGAUUCCUCUGUCCCCUUGUGGCCUGCUUUAGGGCAAAGAAAUUGCAAGGACUUUUUUUUUAAAGGUCAGAGUUUUAAAAACAAAAGCAUCUUCCCUAGAAACUUUUGUGAAUUGUUUGCACUUGUGCCUGUUUUAAAUUAAACUGAGUGUUCAAACCUC